UGGCCACGCCCGCUACUUGUCACUUCCUGUAAACAAAGAAGCAGCUGUCUGUCAGAUUCCUGUGCUUUCGCUCAUUUUCUACACCAACUUCAGUGUUUUUCGACGAUGGCUCAAGGCGGAGUGGUCCUGGACAAGGACCAGUUCAACUGCUCGAUAUGUCUGGACGUGCUGAGGGACCCUGUGACCAUCCCCUGCGGACACAGCUACUGCUCGGAGUGUAUCCAGAACUACUGGGACCAGGACGACUACCUGGGGAUCUUCGUCUGCCCGCAGUGCAGGCACAACUUCAACCCGAGGCCAGUUCUCGCCAGAAACACCAUGUUAGCCGACGUGGUUGAGAAAUUCAAAAAGACUGGACUCCAAGAUGCAACAACGACGACUGGAAGUCAAAGUUUCGCUGAGGCCGACGACGUGGAGUGCGACGUGUGCACCGGGAGGAAAAACAAAGCUGUGAAGUCUUGUCUGGUGUGUCUGGCCUCCUACUGCGACGUCCACCUCCAGCCUCACUACGAAUCGGCUGCUUUCAAGAAACACAGGCUGGUGUCGGCCUCCAAAAAACUCCAAGAGACGAUCUGUGGCCGACACGACAAGCUGCUGGAGGUGUACUGCCGCACCGACAAACAGUGCAUCUGUUACCUGUGUCUGACAGAUGAACACAAAGGCCACGACACGGUGCUGGCUGAGGCAGAGAUACAACAGAAGCAGAGGCAGCUUAGUGACAUGAAGCAGAGCUCUCAGCUGAUAAUUCAUCAAAGGGAAAAGGGUGUCCAGGAGAUCAGACAAGCCAUUUUCUCUCUCACUCGCUCUGCUCGAGCAGCAGCUGAGGAGAGCGACGCCGUCUUUACUGAACUGAUUCGGUCGAUCGAGCUGAAGCGUUUCGAGGUGAGAGAGCUGAUUAAAGCCCAGGAAAAGAAGACAGUCAGUCAGGCCGAGCAACUGCUGGAGAAGAUCCAGAAGGAGAUCGCUGAGCUGAAGAAGAACGAGGCAGAUCUGGACAAACUUUCCCAUGCUGAGGACCAUGUCCAUUUCCUUCAGAGUUUUGAGUCUUUCCAUGCUCCACCUGUGCUGUCAGCGUUGCCUACAGUCACCAUUGACCCCAACCUCACCUUUGGCCCCGUGAUGACAGCUGUGUCAGAUUUUAAAGGACUGUUGCUGGAGGUCUGCCAGGGAGGAUUUGUCAGCAUCUAUGAGAGAGUGAGAGAUGUAGUGAUUGUAAGUACUCCAAAUCCUGCUGUACAGCUGGACACAACACAGCCCAGUGAUGGUGAAUCAGCUGUACAAAUGGAAGCAACACUAGUGAUCCCUCCACCUGGCCUAGACCAAAGUCCUGUGAACCCUCUCAACCCUUUCCUCCCUCCUGGAUCUGCUGUGCCCACCUUCGCCUUCUCACCAUUUGGCUCUAAACUCUCCUCAGGAUCCAGACAGAGGAACCUUCAGCGCCGCGCUCACCCCAGGAGGAAAUAGACUUGUAGUGGACAUCAAAAUCAACAUUUAACAUGCACCCACACGGGCAGAAUGUCAUCAUACCUCAGUGCUCUUCUCUCACAAAUCUGUACCGACACUUGUAAAUUGUACAUUUAAUAAUUAAUUUUUUAGUAUUAUUUAAUUGCUGUGUUUUGACCCAUCAGCUAUACUUGCAUCUUGCAUUAUACUGCAGGUGGGAAAAGAGAAAAGCAAAGUAUUUAGUGCCACAUUAGAUCACAUUGACAAUGCAUUUACUUGAGUAAUAAGCAGCCUAAAACGUGAUUGACUCAACACAUCUUAUUUCAGUAUUUGAAAGGAAAUGUCAUUGACAUUUAGUGAAGUUUAAGUUCAUUUUAACAAUGUAAUGCUUUUGUAAAGAUUUUUCAUUUUUUAACCAAAACAACAUAACUUUACGUUUGCUUUACAGACACGUGUAAUUAUAUAUUGUGAUUUGUGACAUGCUGACAUUAAAAAAAGCAAACACACUUGUAAAACUA